ACAUCGGUAAAGCGGAAAGUCCAAGAUGGCGGACUAAGCGGCGUGGCUUUCUGGAGAAGUUUCACAUUUACGAUCUUAUAGAUUCAAAAAUAGCAUCAAACACCUCAACUAUUCACCUUUUCUUAAGCCCAGGAAACGGACUUUGAGUGUGGAGCGACGGCGUGUUAGCUGAAGUGAAGAUUGAAGACGUGAUAGAAGAUGGACGACUACUGCUAUGCUAAGAUGGUGACGUCAUGUCAAAGAGAAAGUGAAAGAGAAUCAGCGCCACCAACGGAGAACAAUCUGAAAAGCGAAGAUGAAGACGUCCAGCAGCUGAUGGGUCAUCCAGAAGAAGUUUCCCCUCAGUCAGGGGGGAGCUCCACUUUGAAGCAGGAGACUCCACAACCACCCUGCAUUAAAAAGGAAGAGGAGGAACUCUGCAUCACUCAGGAGGGAGAGUGUCUUCUAGGACGAGAGGAAGCUGAUUACACCAAGUUUCCACUGAGUAUUCUCUCUGUGAAGACUGAAGAUGAUGAAGAGAAACCACAAGUAGACAACCUCUUAGCUCCACUAUCAGAUAGUGAGGCUGAAGACAGGGUUGAAGUAACUUUGAGCAGCGAUACAGACUGUGAAGGUGAUAUGAGGACUCACACUGACAACAAACACUCUGAAUGCUCUACAAAGAGGAGAGGUAAAAAAUAUUUGAGCUGCUCAGUUUGUGCUGAAAGUUUUACUAAAAAGAGCAAUUUGUAUAAACACAAGAGAACACACACAGGAGAAAAGCCAUUUAAGUGUUCAGUUUGUGGCAAAAUAUUUUCUCACAAUAGCCAUUGGACUGAACACAUGAGAACACACACAGGAGAAAAACCGUUUAACUGUUCAGUGUGUGGCGAAAGCUUUUCUCGAAAUAGCAAUUUGACUCAACACAUGAGAACACACACGGGAGAAAAACCAUUUAAUUGUUCAGUUUGUGGCAAAAGCUUUUCUCAACAGUGCUCUUUGACUCAACACAUGAGAACACACACAGGAGAAAAACCGUUUAAUUGUUCAGUUUGUGGCAAAAGCUUUUCUCAACGGUGCUCUUGGACUCAACACAUGAGAACACACACAGGAGAAAAAACAUUUAAGUGUUCUGUUUGUGGCAAAAGCUUUUCUCGAAAUAGCUAUUUGACUGAACACAUGAGAACACACACUGGAGAAAAACCAUUUAACUGUUCGGUUUGUGGCAAAAGCUUUUCUCAACAGUGCUCUUUGACUCAACACAUGAGAACACACACAGGAGAAAAAACACGUAUUUGUUCAGUUUGUGGCAAAAGCUUUUCCCAAAAUAGCAUUUUGACUCGACACAUGAGAACACACACAAAAGAAAAGCCAUUUAAAUGUUCAAUUUGUGGCAAAAGCUUUUCUCAAAAUAGCCAUUUGACCAAACACACGAGAACACACACAGGACAAAAAACAUUUAAGUGUUCAGUUUGUGGCAAAAGCUUUUCUCGAAAUACCUCUUUGUGUCGACACAUGAGAACAGAACACAUGGCGGAGGAAAACCAUUUACUUGUUCAGUGUGCAGUAAAAGGUUCCCACAUAAUACAGACACAGUAAAUUACACAAAGGAAAAUAAGCAAUUAGCUGUUUAGUUUGUGGUAUGUUGCUCAUAUGUGGCGACAUCCACCCUACCCAGGACCUCCUCACUGCUUCUUUCACUAAUAUUUUGGAUUAUUUGGAGCAUAAUCUUAUCCACUCAUGACCCCAUGUCUUCUCUGUAUCUGAAACCUUCCUGAACAUUAAGAUAGACUAAGCUUCAAGUGCUUGGUUACUCCUUCUUCAGUCCAGGGACCUGGGGCCUCACUACGCCCUUCUUCACGGCAAAGUUGAGAUGCAUCAAAACUGACGUUGACGCAUAAGUGAUGCUGGGUAACUGUUCCCACAAUGGAUCACUGUCAUGAGCCGUGGUCGAAUGAUGUUUUGUAUUUUCUGUUUGUUUCUGUCACCCUGAACACUCUUUGUUUGUCUAAUCUUGAACGGGUUUGUGCUGUAAACAAAAGUGUUGUUGUACUUGUUGCAAUGACAAUAAAUAUCUACCUACCU